AUGGAUGCAAGUCGAACUGUCUUCGAACUGAAAUCAGCAUUUAUCAGGGCGCAGGUGCGGAUUCUGUCAGAGAGCCUUGAGCCACCGGAGGAUUGGAGAAUCUACGCGACUGAGUCGGAAGAAGAUGAGUUGAGUGAUAAGGCGGUUCAGGAUGCGCUGCAKAAAUUGAACGGAGCCUUGAAACAGCACAAUCGUAUCAUCUACUCUUCUCAAGCAAUUCAACAUGUCGCACAACAGAUCACAAGCCUUUACUGGUCUUUAGUUAGCCAGGCCACACACAAUGUUGGCUUUUCCGACAAGCGGUUGGAGACAACAGUAGAUUUGUGCAGUCACCUCAAUAUUACUCAAUUGCCCGCGGAAUUAGAGGACCAACAUGCAAGUGAGGAGGAGCAGUUAAGGUAUCAGGAGCUACGAGAACGGCUUAUGCGUCUAGACACUCAGCGACAACAGCGACAACGGCGCCUUGACCAGUUGAGGCGAUUACAGAAAUUACUGGAACCUUUCUCCGAGCCUCAGAACAAUAUCCAGCCCAAUCUUGUCACGAGAGACGGAGAGCUUGUUCAAGAGUUGGAGAAAAUGCGAAUGCUUGUUGCCCGGGUCGGCGGCCGGAUCGACCAGAGCAAGGAGAGCAAGACCUCGGAAACGAACCCGCCUUAUGCAUUAGGAGCAGAUGAGAAGCUGGCAGCGCUUCUCGACAUGACAUGA